CAGUGAGGAGGGAGGCAGGGAGGAUCUCAGCUGGAGCAGAGAGAGAGAAAGAGAGAAAGGCAUACAGAGAGAGGAGUGUGUGUUGUGAGCGUGGAUGCACUCGCCUGCUUCGCUCAGUGGCUGACUGUGUGUGACAGAAAGAGCGUGGAUACUACUCUACGGGACUGAAUGUGUUCGGGGUCACAGACGGAGACAAAACACACAAAGAAAGAGAGUGGGGCGGAGGUAAACUGCUGACUGAACUGCAGGCAGACAGCAGGGCCGAGUGCGGAGGAGUAAGCAGACAAGGCCGAGCACACAAGGCGUGACUGACAGGGUCAAUGGCGAGCAAUAACACGGCGAGCAUCGCUCAGGCGAGGAAGCUGGUGGAACAGCUGAAGAUGGAGGCCAACAUUGACAGGAUAAAGGUCUCAAAAGCAGCGGCAGACUUGAUGUCGUACUGCGAAGCCCACGCCAAAGAGGACCCUCUGUUAUCACCGGUCCCAGCAUCAGAGAACCCGUUCAGGGAGAAGAAGUUCUUCUGUGCCAUCCUGUAAAAAAAAAACAACAACAACAACAACAUGGCCCGUCAGCAGUCUGCUCAGUGUGGGACUUUGAACUAUGACGUUCAAAAAUACGUAGAAAUCUUCUAGCAGGGGGGCACGAUGAUGAUUACUGCCCUCCUUUCUCGAACAGCACCUUGUGUGUGUGCGAUAAUUAAAACCCACAGAGUUUACGUGUAACUGUUGCGGGGGUUUUGAUUGCUUUUUUGAGGGGUGUUGCAGCAUGUUGAAAGGGGUCUGUGCUUUUAGAUGACACAAAAAGGAUGAUAAUGAUGAGGAGUGUGAUUACAUGACAGACAGCCUUCUAAGUCUUCAGGUUGUGGCGUGUACAAAAGAAAAACAGAUAAAAUGAGAAUAAAAAUAUUUCGUUGUUCUUCGGGGACUUGCAGAUGUUCUGUUGAUAAAUGGUCUGUGGGUGAGUCGGGCAUUGAGGGACAGCAAACAAAAACACGCCUUCUGCUAGACGCCACCUGAUUAUUGGAAUGUUUUUUUUAAGUUGUUUAUUUUACAUUUGUUUUAACUUUACCUAUCAUCUAGUUAACUUUCUAUAAGUGUGUGUGAUUACUGAAAGAGCUCUGUUCACUUUCUUUUCUUACACAAACAGGCUACGACGCUUUUUUAAUGGGAAGUUUGAAACGUGCGACUCUGUGACUCUCUUUAAAAGUACCGUGUGAAACCAGUCUCCGUGUAUCCACAUCUAUCAAAUGUGAUGCAGUUUGUCUCCUUCAGAUUCAAACCCUCUUUCUACUGUUUGUAUAAAAUAACUAGCAAGUAAAGUGUGCUGUGCUGUGAGUCCUGAAGGUUUGUGUUUGUAUCAUUAACUAUUGCAUGACAUGGACAGAUGGUCUUAUCUUCUAUUUCCUUUCAUGUGGACAUUGUAUGAAACGGGGGCGGCCUCCAGCUGGAAGUGCCAAAACUAAUUAAAACUAAAUGUUUUAACAGA